AGAUCUCUAUGGCUUUUUGGGGUCAAGGUCAUGAAGGUGGCAGAGUUGGAAGCCCAACGUAAUCAGGUCUUAAGAGAGGUUUUUGGUCAUCAGAAGUUCAAAAGUUCUCUUCAGAAGAAAGCAAUUAAUUGCAUCCUAUUGAGAAAAACUGACGUGUAUGUUUCUUUACCAACUGGUGCUGGAAAGUCAUUAUGUUACCAGCUUCCUGCAGUUGUUCAUAUGGGGAUUACGGUUGUGGUUUCACCACUGAUAGCAUUAAUAACGGAUCAAGUAGCAGCGUUACGGGCUAAAGGAAUUCCAAGUGAAUCGCUGAACUCGAAAUUAACAGCCUCCGAAAGAACUCGAAUAAUAGAGGAUCUACGUAAUAAGGUACCCACAAUUAAACUGCUUUACAUAACACCCGAAGCCGCUGCAACGGAUAAUAUGAGAAGAAUUUUGAGCUCGCUUCAUAAACGAAUGCUGCUCAGUUACUUCGUCGUCGACGAAGCCCACUGCGUAACGCAUUGGGGUCACGAUUUUCGUCCUGACUACCUGAGGCUGAGUGCCCUUAGAGAUGUGUGUCCUGACGUUCCUUGGAUUGCACUUACAGCUACAGCGAAUGCAAAAGCUCAGGAAGAUAUCAUCUCACAGUUGAAGCUCAAGCAUGUUGAAACAUUCAAGGCUUCCACCUUCCGUGGUAACUUGUAUUACGAUCGUCAUUUGGCAGAAUUUAUCCUUCGCUGUCUGAAAGUUCCGAAAAACAAAACAUCUGAUGUAAUGAAAACCGAAAAAGGAUCACGUAAGAUGGUUGAUAAUAAAAGAAGUUGCUGUUUAACAGUUUUAGCACAUAUGCUUAGCAUGGUGCAUAUUCAAUGUCUAGCCUAUCAUGCUGGUUUGUCCAAUAAGUUGCGUGAUGACGUUCAGAAUAAGUGGAUGAAGAACGAAGUUCCUGUUAUAGCAGCCACUAUUGCGUUCGGUAUGGGUAUAGAUAAACCAGAUGUGAGGUUCGUUGUCCAUUGGACUUGUCCGCAGAAUUUGGCCGCAUAUUAUCAAGAAUCUGGCAGAGCUGGUCGAGACGGUCAGCGAAGUUAUUGUAGGAUUUACUAUAGCCAACCAGAUAAGGAGUUCCUCUAUUUUCUUGUGAGAAGGGAUUUGGCUCUGCUUAAGGGCAAGAAGAUAUCGGAGACUGCUCGAAAGGAACAAGCAAAAGCGAUGCAGCAUGGGCUAGAGAAGAUGGUCGAAUAUGCAGAAAUGGCUCAAUGUCGGCAUGUAUGCUUCGCAAAGUAUUUCGGUGAAGACGACCUGCCACCAUGUCGUAUGCAUUGUGACUUCUGCAAGGAUCCAAAGGGAACGAUUGCAAGAGCUGCCUGUUCUUCCACCAAAAUGAUGAAAGCGUCAAAGGCAAACCCUGAGAAUGGCGAGCUUUAUGGUGGAGGUAAACGAGGACGCGAUGACGAUGAUUACGGUUGCAACAGUUCUGACGCUUGGGAGAGAUUGGAAAGAGAAGAAGCAGUUAGGAUGCGCGAUGUUGUGCAAAGCGAGUUUGCAAAACGGCGGAAGGUGAGCGCAUUCCGUAGAUUCAGCUGCUUCUAUUGGAUCCGAGUGUUCGUUGUAGAUCGAAGGAAGACGAGAACCUGA